AUGGAGAGCGUGGAGGGAAACGGCGCCGGCCGCGGGAACCUGCAGCUUGUGGUGUCGGAGCUGUGCCGCGUCCAGGAGCUGGUGCGGCAGCUGGAGCUGCACCUACACGCGCCGGACGCCUCCAUCGACCUGUGCCGCGCCCUCACCGCCGAGAUCUUCGCGCUCACCGACCGGUCCAUCGGCUUCGUCGCCGCCGCACAUUUCCCCGACGCCCCGACGACGCCCUCCAGCACGUCCAGCUCCCUCAGCGGCGUCUCCGACCAGCCCUUCAGGACCAACACCAAGAAGAGGAAGGCGACGACGAGGUGGACGAGCCAGGUGAGGGUGAGUGCGGCCGGCGGCGCGGAGUGGCCCGGCGACGACGGCCACAGCUGGAGGAAGUACGGGCAGAAGGACAUCCUCGGCGCCAGGCACCCGAGGGCCUACUACCGCUGCACCCACCGCAACUCGCAGGGCUGCCCCGCCACCAAGCAGGUGCAGCGCGCCGACCAGGACCCCGCGCUCUUCGACAUCGUCUACCACGGCCAGCACACCUGCAGGCCAGGCGGCGGCGGCGGCGGGAGGAGGCCGCCGACGAACCACCACAACCCGCACGCGGAGAGCCUGCUGCAGAGCCUCAGAGCCGGCCUGACCGUGGACGCGGACCACGGCGCCCUGAACAACACCUCAGUCUCACCGCCGUCGAUGGCCUCGCCUGUGGAGUCCGGCUCCAACGGUGGCCUGACCAUGUCACCGUACCCGGUGCCGGCCGGCGCGUACACGGAGUGGCCGCUGGACGGCGACCUCCAGGAGGUGGUGUCGGCGCUCACAGCCGUGUCGGCCCCGAGCAUGGACUGCCUUUUCGAGUUCGACCCGACCUUCGGCCUUGGUGCGCCCAACUUCUUCAUGUGA